CGUUCAAUCGAGAAUAUUUUUCGCGCGAGAACAUUUGAGAACAAAAGUUAUAUUGUAGGGGCUGUCCAGUUAUAUUGUUGGGGCUGUCCAUCUCUAUGAAAGUUGUAUCCGGUACGGUGGCAUAAAUGUAAAUAAGUUAAUUGCUUCCAAAACACAUCGCAUUUAAAAAAUAAAAGGGUAUAAUCGUAAAAAAAAUAUAAGUUGGUUCCAAACACACAUCGUCGGAAUCCUCAAAGCAAUCAAGAACCCUUAUUUCUCUCAACAGAAACCCUCGCUUCUCUCUAACAUUUCAACCAUUUUCAACGAAAACGAUACAUAUGUCGUCAAAAACAGAAAAAACGUCGUCGAAGGUUUCAUUGAAAGGUGUUGAAAAUGAAAAAGGUGAUGAUAAUGAAGAAGAGCAAAAUGCAGAAGGAGAAGAAUAUCGUUGAUGAAGAAAAAUAUGAAGGUAAAAAAGAAGAUGUGAAAGAUGUGCUAGAUUCAAAAACAAAGAACCACCACCCAGACAUGACAGAGAAUACUGCAAAAGAUGAAGGUAAAAAAGAUCUGGUGAAAGAUAUGCUAGAUCCAAAAAGAAAGAGCCACCCAAAGAUAAGUAACUUAGGAAUAUCGACAACAAAUCAAAACAAAGAGUCUUUGCCUGAGCUUACAGAACAGCUGCCUGAGCUUACAGAAAACCAAAAUCUAACUCAGGAACCUCGGCAACAACGAAAGAAGAAGCCAGCUGAAAAGAAAUUCUUGGUUAUUCGGCUUUUCAAUUUGCAAGGAAGUGUAUAUGAUCAGCUGUUAUUAACAAUAAACAAAAGAGUGGUAUUCCGAUAUGUAUUUGAAAGUUUGUUUCCCGGAGAAUAUCUAUUUUCGGAUGUCAUAGACUCAUGGUCUGAACUACUCAACUACAACGAGAAGGAUCGAGACAUUAAUAAUUCUCCAUACAUAGUUUUCUUGUCUGUCCAAAUGACUACAAACUAUAUUGAGGAUGAGCAACUUCCUAAACCAAAAAAGGAUGACAAAAAGAAAAGGAUGACAAAAAGAAAAGGAUUGACAAAAAAGUAA